GCUCGCUAUGAUCCAGAUGAAGACCUCAGUGAAGCCAUUGAGAACGUCCAUCAAGAAGCCAAGCUCUUUGCUAUGCUAAAACAUCCCAACAUAAUUGCCCUUAAAGGUGUAUGUCUAAAGGAACCGAACCUUUGCCUGAUUAUGGAGUUUGCCCGUGGAGGCUCAUUAAAUAGAGUGCUGUCUGGUAAAAGGAUUUCACCAGACAUUCUGGUUAACUGGGCUGUCCAGAUUGCUGAAGGAAUGAACUAUCUGCAUGAGGAAGCAAUUGUUCCUAUUAUCCACCGGGAUCUGAAGUCCAGCAAUAUACUGAUCCUUGAAAAAGUGGAAAAUGGAGACCUGAGCAACAAAAAUUUGAAGAUCACUGAUUUUGGCUUAGCCAGAGAAUGGCAUAAGACUACUAAAAUGAGUGCAGCUGGAACAUAUGCUUGGAUGGCUCCUGAAGUUAUCCGUUCCUCUAUGUUCUCUAAAGGCAGUGAUGUGUGGAGUUAUGGGGUAUUGCUUUGGGAAUUACUAACUGGGGAAGUACCAUUUCGAGGAAUUGAUGGCCUAGCAGUAGCAUAUGGCGUUGCUAUGAAUAAACUUUCACUUCCUAUUCCUUCAACGUGCCCAGAACCUUUUGCCAGACUGAUGGAAGAUUGUUGGAAUACUGAUCUUCAUUCAAGACCAUCCUUUGCAAAUAUUUUGAAUAAACUAACUAAUAUAGAAGAAUCUGGUUUCUUUGAAAUGCCAAAAGAAUCAUUUCAUUCCCUGCAAGAAGAUUGGAAAAUUGAGAUCCAGGAAAUGUUUGACCAACUCAGAGCCAAGGAAAAGGAGUUGCGGACGUGGGAAGAAGAGUUAAAACAAGCAGCAGUUCAACAGAAAAACCAUGAAGAAGUACUACGUCAACGCGAGCAGGAGUUGGCAGAACGAGAAAUUGAUAUUUUGGAAAGAGAACUCAAUAUCAUCAUCCACCAACUGUGCCAGGAAAAGCCCCGUGUAAGAAAACGCAUGGGCAAAUUCAGGAAAAAUCGGCUCAAAUUGAAAGAUGGCAAUCACAUCAGUCUUCCCUCUGAUUUCCAGCACAAAUUCACCGUGCAGGCAUCUCCAACCAUGGAUAAAAGAAAAAAUUUGAUCAACUGUGCUAGUCCUCCUGCCAGCCCUACUAUCAUUCCUAGACUCAGGGCUAUCCAGUUAACCCCUGGUGAAAGCAGCAAAACAUGGGGACGCAGCUCUGUGCUCCAGAAAGAUGAGGAAGGGGAAGAAGAAAAAAGAGGCCAGAAGAAAAAGGGUCGGACAUGGGGGCCAGGUACUCUUUGCAGCAAAGAGCUCACAUCAAGUGAGGAUGGCCUAAAGUCCCUAGCAGAUGGCGCUAGACAGUGGUCAUCGAGUGCGCCAAACCUUGGAAAAUUCCAGCGAACAAUAGUCCCUUUUCCUGGAUUUGCAAGCCUAAUAGAGAUGGACAAUGAAGACAACGAUUCUUUGAAUGAUACGGAGAGCAAGAUGCAGGAAUCCCCUGGAUUUAACCAAUCAUACCUCUGCAUCCCGUUUCAUAAGAAUGAUGACUGGGAUACCCACUCGAGCGAUCCAAAUGAAGAGACUACUCCAGUGAACUCUUGCACAAGCACUCCUCAGCUCACUCCCACCAAUAGCCUCAAACGUGGGGGCUCCCAAUAUAAACAAUGUCAGUUGGCCUUUCUAGGCUGUGGGGCUGUGUUGGCUGCUGCUGGCCUAGGUUUUGAUCUUUUGGAGGCUGGCAAGUGCCAGCUGCUAACCCAGGAAGAUCAGGACAUGUCCAAGGAAGAGAAAAAGAAACGGGAAAGUAUCUUCCAACGGGCUGGUCUAUCUCGGAGGAGUACCAGCCCACCUUCAAGGAAGAUCUUCAAGAAAGAAGAACCCACAUUCUUGUUAGGCGAACCAUCCAGUUCUCUGACUCUACUCUCUUUGUCUUCAAUUUCCGAAUGUAACUCCACCCGUUCUUUGCUUCAUUCAGACAGUGAUGAAAUUGUGGUAUACGAGAUGCCUGUUAGUCCUGUGACAGUGAAGGCUCCCUUGCCAGUAGUUAGUAACCCACUAGUUAAUAUCCGAGUUGAGAGAUUCAAACGGAAUCCCAACCAGUCUUUGACACCUACACAUGUGACUCUUUCUUCUGAAGCUCAGCGACAGAGGCAUAGACGCACUCCCUCGGAUGGUGCCAUAAAAUUGUCUGAUCUUGUUCCUAAUGGAGAUUCUUCCAGUAAUUGUCCACCAGGAGCGAUGGGAACAGCAGUAGCAGCACAGUUGAAGAGCAGUCCACGCUGCUUUCUUUUCGUGUCAGGCUGCCUGAAGAGGAACGGACACUGCUGGACAUGGAUGCUGAAGGUCAGAAUCAGGACAGCACAGUGCCGCUAUGCAGAACAGAACUCAGAACACAUAAAUCUACAGCAUAUGAACUCAAGCAAGAAUUUUGGUCCUAGCAUGAAAUCCACAAGGGGCUGGUAAGCUCCUUUUUGCUUCAGUUCUACUUCUUGCACUAAGAAUGCACUUUCAAGCCAGGUAAAGUAGGAAGUUGGUGCUGAAACCAUAUCACAUUUCUUGGUCCGCUACGGAACUGGCAUUGGGGAACCCCGUUUUUUAUAGCUGCAUGUGGCUGAGCUACACAGAAUUGCUGACUCUUUUUCUGGAGUUUCUUGUAGUCCUUGUUAAACUGCAACAAGCAAUGCGAGACAUCUAAGCCCCUGUUCUUGAUUUUUCAAGAAUACUAUGAUAAUUUGCAAAAGUAGACAUCAGUGUUUGUACACUGUUAGAGAGCAGGAAAAUAUGUAAAAAUGUUCCUGCACCAGCACUCUUGUCACACUUCAUGUUGUUUUUCUCUCUCAAUGCUCUAAACCAGGGUUGUGUCAAAUCUUGGCAUCUGUAAGGCUUGGGGACGUCUAACUCUCCGAAUUCCCCAAUUUGAAUUCUGGCAGUUCAAGCCCACAAAGUUUUAAAGUUGUCAAGGUUGGGGCAUUCCUAUGCUAAACUAAUUUCUUCUUCUUCUGCCCUUCUCCUUUUCUGUAUGCAUAUGAAACUACUGUUGAGUCUGAAUAUUGUAGGCAUGGGGGAUUCUAGGCUAUCUGCAGGAAGCCUUCACUUUUUCCAGUUGACAACAUUGUGGGUUUUGACAUCAUAAUGCAAGCUCUGCUCCUUAUAUAUUUGCUUGUAGGACAACUCAUGUAUAAAAGGGGCAAAGUUUGUACUACACCUUUUAUCAUUUGACCCCUUGACUUGCCUCCUCACUCCGGGGGUGGGGCAGUUGGUUCCCUAUAAAAAAUGAACUUGCCAACAUCAUAUAAAGCAUGUAUUCAACUAUAUUUAAUGAUUUCUGUUGAGAGGUAGAGAGCCUUGAGUUUCAAAGCCUAUUUUCAAACUCCUGAAGUCAGCUAUUUUGGAUGGGUAAAUGAAUGCAGGGUUACAUCAGGGCAGAAUCACCAGUGGGAUGUAUGUAGUGGGAAAGCUCUGAUAAUGAAGAAUUGGUACACUGAUACUUUGAUCUAGCCCAAUCAUGUAAAAACACUUUUACAUCUUCAAAAUUACAGAAGAUUUGGGUUGCAAUUAGAAAGUGGUAUAAUUCAAUGAAAAAAAGAAAACCAGAUAUAGAAUUCUGCAUUCCUUGCACAGAUUUUGGAAAUAUUUUUCAUGAAAAAGUUGUUAAUUGCACAUGCCUUUUUUCACCUAAUCUUCUGACUAGGAGUGUAAAGUUUUGAUACAGAUUGGCUAGCCACGUAAGGCAAGCAACAUGCAUUGAUCUCUUAUUCCCAUGUUAUAUGAUUAGGUCUAUUUCUUAUUUUUUAUUUCAGCUGAUUGUAAUAUUUGAUUUUUAAAAAGAACUGAAAAAACUAACUCGUCCUAUACACUUACGCUACAUAUUUAACUUCAGAUUGUGGGAUGUUUUCUCCCUAUUGUAACUAUUUUGAUUUUUUUUGUUUACUUGUUUUUGUCUAACAAUGACUGGCUACAGUUCCUUACUUUGAACCGUAAGCUGGCCACUUGUGAAGAAUGUUUUACAAAUUUUUGGCACCAUUGUUGCCUAAAAACUAAAUAUGAAUUCUGACAAUUCAGGCUUAACUUUGCUUGUGCCACCAGCUUCUUUUAUGACAUUGGGCAAAUCAAUUUGCCAUAUGUGCCUCAGUUUCUCCAUCUGUACUAAUAGCUACCUCAUGCAACAGAAGUAUAGACUUACUGUGCAAGUGGGAACUUAUGCCCUCAAUAGAAGUAGACAAUUUACUUUAAAUUAAGAUAAGUUACAUAUGAUGAAAAAAUCUCUCUCUUUGUUAUAAAGUAUAGGCUAGGUAAAUCUUGAACUAGUUCCAUAUCAGUUUAUUCAUCUAGCUGGGCCUAGAGAAUACAAUCUUAACAAUCAGCAUGGAAAAAACACUUGCACACUUAUGUAGUCUGGUGCAAUGGCUUGUAUCUUUCUAGGGUCAAAUACUGCUGUUUUGUAUGCUUUAACAUUUCAUCUCCAUAUUGUUCCAGUUAUAAGCAUUGGCCAGCCUAAGCUAGACAAUUCCUAAGCUCUUACUGGUGGUUUGAACUUUGCUCUCAUCAUAAUCAUGUUUGGUCUUGUCUCAAUCCCAUUUUUUAAAACAAAUGAACGUUCUUUGAUAUGGCUUUAAUGAAGAAGGUGCAACAGAACAAUUGGAACUUUGGGGAGAACACAGGUAACCAGGGCUGUGAAAACUCAUUUUAUGGGACAUUUCAUGAAAUGACUGAAGCACCCUCCAAAUUCACUAUUCAAAAUGUCUAAGUGUUGCGCCCUGUUGAAGUCUCAGGGCAGCCAUUUUGAGAAACUCCCUGAAUUACCUGAACAUGUGGGACCUGUUGCUGAAGCAAACUGAAUGGUUAAUAAACUCUUGGAAUCUCCAACUGCAUGAUUAACAUUAUAGUGCACAUUGCAAAAAUUAACUCUAAGAAUAGCAAACUUAACAAAAGGCAGUUAUUUCCAAAUGUCAUGUAUAUUAUUUCAUGUAUUGAUUUAUCUGAAUUCCACUUUUUUUUUUUUGCAAGAAUCUCAGGGCAAUGGUCAUUGUCCUCUCCCAUUCCAUCCACCAUCUCUUUGCAAUAAUGGAUAGUGUGAGAUCUUAUUAAAUAUCUCUUAGUGAGAUUAAUAUAUCUAAAUUGGAUUUAAACUUCAGUAUCCCCAGUUCACGUUCAUCUUUCAAACACUAUGCCAUGAAAUAUUAAUGAGCAGAGAAAGAUUCUAAGAAAGAAGAAGUCAGAUUGUCAUAGUGGCUCAUAUGCUUUGUUCUUAACUUACAGUAUAUAUAAAACCAGUGGAUUUCAAUGUAACCUGACAGGCAACCAUUCUAUAAGAAGAUUGCAUUUUUAAAAGUGAAGUACUUUUUAAAACCUUAUUUCCAAUUCCCAUGCCUAUUUCCAACCAAUAUCACAUAGGAAGUUCUAUACCAUUAGCUUUUCAGCACUUCAACACAAUAUUAACACAUGCACACACACACACACACACAGACACACA